AUUAUUUAUCAUCAAACUGCACAUUUUAAAAACAUCGUUUCCCCCAUUGUCCAAAACCCCAGAUACGCGGAUGUUUGUGCUAAUCGAUGCGUUGCACGUUGUGUAUGAAAGGGGACUAUUUGUGAGAAUGCGGAAUGAUAUAACGAUGAGCCGGAUCUGCUUUCUGUGUUGGGUGAAUGGAGGCGCAGCUCUUCCUGGUGAACAAACACUGACAACUAUAGGGCAGCCCAGCGAUACCCGCUUCCCAGAACGGCCACACACACCUUCUCCUUUACCCCCACAACAACCCUAAACAUGGCUGCUGAGCGUAAACACGUCGCGCAGUUGAAAUCCGAACUGUACUUCCUAAUAGCCCGAUUUUUAGAAGCUGGACCUUGUCAGGACGCGGCAGAGACCUUGAUACGGGAGGUUCAAGAGAAGGAGUUGUUACCCAAAAGAAUUGACUGGACUGGCAAAGAACACCCAGGGAGUUACGAGAAUUUGGUCAAAUUGUACAGGCACGUUUCUCCAGAUCACCUGUUACAGGUGUGUGAACGAGUGAGCCCACUUUUAGAAAGGGAAGUGCCAGCCAGUGUACCCGGUGUUAACUCACUGCUGGGAGCUGGACGUCAGUCACUGCUGCGUACCAACAAAAGUUGUAAGCACGUGGUAUGGAAGGGGUCUGCCCUCGCAGCCCUGCACUGUGGCAGGCCACCCGAGCCGCCAGUCAUCUAUGGAAGCCCGCCCAACAUUGUGGAGACGGUAUACAGUCGGAGGCUGAAUGGCUCUUAUCGGUUGGGUCAGCUGGUGCCUACAGCUGUUUACCAACAUAUGAAGAUGCACAAGAGAAUUCUGGGACACCUGUCAUCUGUGUACUGCGUCACCUUCGACCGCACCGGUCGCCGCAUCUUCACAGGUUCGGACGACUGCUUGGUGAAAAUCUGGGCGACGGACAACGGGCGUUUGCUGGCGACACUGAGAGGUCACGCAGCAGAGAUUUCAGACAUGGCUGUGAAUUACGAGAACACCCUGCUGGCGGCCGGCAGCUGUGAUAAAAUGAUCAGAGUGUGGUGCCUGCAGACCUCGGCCCCGCUGGCGGUACUGGAGGGCCACGCGGCAUCCAUCACCUCACUACAGUUUUCCCCUUUUUGCAGUGGCAAUAAGAGGUUCCUGUCCUCCACCGGAGCUGACGGCACCGUCUGUUUCUGGCAGUGGGACGCACGCACGCUCAAAUUUGGGCAUCGGCCCAGUAAAUUCGUCGAGCGACCCAGACCGGGUGUGCAGAUGAUCUGUUCCUCUUUCAGUGCAGGCGGGAUGUUCCUGGCAACAGGCAGCACUGAUCACAUCAUUAGGGUUUAUUACUUUGGAGGUGGACAACCAGAGAAGAUAUCUGAACUGGAGUCUCACACUGAUAAAGUCGACAGCAUCCAGUUCUCCCAUGGUGGAGACAGGUUUGUGAGUGGCAGUCGAGAUGGUACAGCGCGCAUAUGGCAGCUACAGCAGCAGGACUGGAGGAGUAUUUUACUGGAUAUGGCUACUAAACUACCUGGCAAGUACAACCCUCCACCUUUAGAAGACAAAGUUACCAAACUCAAGGUCACCAUGGUGGCGUGGGAUUGCAAUGAUAACACCGUCAUAACAGCUGCCAACAAUCUGACGUUAAAAGUGUGGAACUCCUACACAGGACACCUCAUUCAUGUGCUGAUGGGCCAUGAGGAUGAGGUGUUUGUGUUGGAGCCACAUCCUUUUGAUUCCAGAGUGCUGUUCUCUGCUGGCCACGAUGGGAAUGCCAUUGUCUGGGAUCUGGCACGAGGAGUCAAAAUACGCUCUUACUUCAACAUGAUCGAAGGUCAGGGUCACGGUGCAGUGUUUGACUGUAAAUGUUCUCCAGACGGGCAGCACUUUGCUUGCACAGACUCACACGGUCACCUGCUCAUCUUUGGCUUUGGGUCUAGCAGCAGAUAUGACAAGAUAGCAGAUCAGAUGUUCUUCCACACUGAUUACCGGCCACUGAUUCGUGAUGCCAAUAACUUCGUCCUGGAUGAACAGACCCAACAGGCGCCCCACCUCAUGCCUCCGCCAUUCUUGGUGGAUGUGGACGGGAACCCUCACCCUUCACGCUUCCAGAGGCUGGUUCCUGGAAGAGAGAACUGCAGGGAGGAACAACUCAUACCCCAGAUGGGCCUCACGUCGUCGGGGCUGAAUCAGGUGGUUAGUCAGCAGGCUGCCGAAGGCUCAAGUCCUCUUGAUAGUAUGAUUCAAAGACUACAGCAAGAACAGGACCAGAGAUUGGGCUCUGACGUAAGAUCCAACAGAGGGUCAGUCAGUUCCCCCACAGAGGUCUCCUCUCCACCUAACGUUGGUCUUAGGCGCAGCGGUCAGAUUGAAGGUGUCCGUCAAAUGCACAGUAACGCACCACGCAGUCAGAUCGCCACCGAGAGGGACUUGGCGGCCUGGAGCCGAAGGGUCCUCGUACCCGAACUCUCAUCAUCCAUAGCCAGUAAGCUGGAGGCGUGGCGUACAGCUAAAGGAGAGGAGGAGAUCAACAUCUACAGAUCGGAGAGGAGGAGACGCAGCAUACACAGCCAAUAUCACAAAGAAAACCGGCACGCUAUAGAAAAUGCCACGGAGGAGGGACGGCGUCACCAGGGAAACCAGCACAACUACCACACGAGAUUGGCUGUGGAGGAGACGAGUCGUCAAAGUGAAGCCAACGAGGACGAGCACAGCGCAUCAGAGGUAGAGGCAGAUCCAAGACCUCCGAGCAGAGAGUCAUCAGAUGAGGAGAGGGAGGAGAGAGAUGAGAGAGAGGAGAACGAAGCCUGGCCUGAUGAUAACAGCAGUUCUAGUGACUACUCCAGCGAUUACUCUGACUGGACGGCGGACGCCGGCAUAAACCUCCAACCGCCCAAGAAAACCAGCGUGAAGAAGAAAAAGAAGAAGAAUGCCAGCAGCUCCGAAGAAGAUGGAGAGAAGAAGAAAGACUCCAAGAAGGAGAGGAGGAAAGAAAAGCAGGACAAAGAUGAAACGCAACCAAAGAAGAAGAAGCCAAAGGAGAAGCGGAAGAGGAUACCCGAACUCCAACAACAGGGUUUGACAUUGGAGGAGUGGUUACCUUCUCCCUGGAUCACUGACACCAUGCCACGAAGAUGCCCGUUCGCCCCACAGAUGGGCGAUGAGGUGUAUUAUUUCCGUCAAGGCCAUGAAGCUUACGUGGAGAUGGCCAAGAAAAACAAGAUCUUCAGCAUAAAUCCUAAAAAACAGCCCUGGCAAAAGCUGGAGCUCAGGGAGCAGGAGCUGUUGAAAAUAGUGGGCAUUAAGUAUGAGGUUGGUUUGCCUACCCUGUGCUGUCUGAAGCUGGCCUUCCUGGACCCGGACACUGGCAAAUUAACGGGCGGCUCUUUUUCCUUGAAAUACCACGACAUGCCUGACGUCAUUGACUUCCUGGUACUCCGUCAGCAAUUUGAUAACGCAAGACAGCGAAACUGGAUGAUAGGCGAUCGUUUCCGAGCGGUGAUAGAUGAUGCAUGGUGGUUUGCUACGAUCGAGAGUCAGGAGCCUUAUCAAGCUGAAUAUCCAGACUCUCUGUUCCAGUGCUACAAUGUCUGUUGGGAUAAUGGAGACACAGAAAAGAUGAGCCCGUGGGAUAUGGAGGAGAUACCCAAUGAAGCGGUGUUUCCUGAUGAGUUGGGUCUAAGUAUGCCUCUAACUGAAGAAGAACAGAAGGCAUUACUAUACAAGCCUGUAGAAGGAGAGUGGGGCUCACGCACGCGUGAUGAGGAGUGUGAACGCAUCAUCAGGGGUAUCAACCAGCUUUGCACAUUGGAUGUGGCUGCACCAUUUGAACUGCCUGUAGACCUGCAGGCAUAUCCGACGUACUGCACUGUGGUCGCUUACGUCACAGAUCUGAGCACCAUAAGACAGAGACUGGAGAACCGUUUCUACAGGCGAAUGUCUUCGCUCAUGUGGGAGGUACGUUACAUCGAACACAACGCUCAAACCUUCAAUGAACCGGACGCGUUCAUUGUCAGAACUGCCAAAUUCGUAUCUGACCUCUUGCUACAGUUUAUCAAGGACCAAAGCUGUACAGAUAUUAUUCCGCUAUAUAACAGUAUGAAGAAAACUGCUUUCUCAGAUUCAAGUGAUGAUGAAGAUGAGGAUGAAGAGGAGGAUGAAGAUGAAGAACAUGAGGCACCUUGCACGUCUACGCGCAAUAAGAAGGGCCAGCAACGACAGCCCAUCUUGAGGAGUCUGCGGAGUAAACCGUCUUCAGACCCCAAGGCCUGGAGGGGGCGCUGUAAAGAGUUGCUGGAGCUCAUCUUUCAGUGUGAAGAUUCAGAGCCGUUCAGACAACCUGUGGACCUCGAGGAGUAUCCGGACUACUUAGACAUUGUGGACACUCCUAUGGACUUUGGGUCUGUUUUGAGCCGCCUCUUAGCAGGAGAAUAUGACACACCAAUGGAUCUUUGUAUAGAUGUGCGACUCAUCUUUAGCAACUCCAAAGCUUACACACCCAGCAAAAAGUCAAGGAUCUAUAGCAUGAGUCUGCGGUUAUCCGCUCUGUUUGAAGAGCAUAUCAGUUCGAUCUUGACUGAUUUCAAAGCUGCUCAAAGUCUGCUCAAUGAGCGAAUCACUCGACAGCGCCUGCACACGAAGCGAUUAACCAGACAGUCUGUGAAGAGGAGGAGGAGCUCUUCCCUUUCAAGUUCCGCCUCUAGUCCGGAAAGGAAGAGGCGGGUCUCCUCUCGUGCUCCACCUCCAUCUGACAACGCAGCUCCACCCACUCCCGCUGGACCUUCCCGACCUCCAUCGUUACGACAAACACUUCCGCAAAUCAACGGAAAGGCCGAGCCACCCGUCACCCCUGGACGGACACGUAGCUCGGCCCGCUUCGGGACCCAAAUCACAGAUCCACCCGCUGCGCAGUCGGCUCCUCCACUUCCCCCCACCCACAGUAAAUCGGUAGAGCCGUCAUCCAGAGUUCUCCGAACUCAAAACUCUCACUCCAUUGGCGUCUCCAGGGAAACAGAGACCUCUGCUAUCCCUCACAGUAAUGAGGGCGGAGCCAGAGAGUCUCGAAGGAAGCUUCGAACACCUGUAAAGCUCACACCAGGUCCAGUUGAUCGCAGCUCUCCAACCCAGAACAGUGUGCAUCUGAAUGGCCACACAAGUCAAGCAACUAUGGGAGAAGUAAGAAGAGGGCGGGGCAGACCCAAAUUAGACGCACAAAUAAGGACCACAGUAGAGCCAGCACCCUCACCCCAACCCUCUGGCAAAAAGCGAGGGAGGAAAAGCAAGAAAGAGCUGGAGGCCCUACAGAGAAACUCCAUCCAUGAGGAGGAGCUUGCCCUGUCUACUGGUGAUGAGGGCGGGGCUUCUUCUACAGCCCAGGACAGUAGCCUUUCCGAUUCAGGGGUAGUGACUCCCGAGCAUCCACGACCACGAGGUAGACCACGGCUGAACAAAACAUACAUUGAACCUCCACAUACGCCAGCUCCUUCAAGCCCCACGGUGCUUAGAAGGAGUAGUCGACGUGGCCACGACGAGACCACGCCCCCUACCCCAGGCCCCGCAUUAAGCGAGGAGCAAGACAUUUACAUGGGGGAGGAUGGGAAAGGGCCAAUGAGGACGCGUAACCAGGGCCGACGAACAGCCUACUAUAACGAGGAAGACUCUGAGGAAGAACAGAGACAACUUUUGUUUGAGGAUUCCUCGAUUACGUUCGGCACGUCAAGCAAGGGAAGAGUCCGCAAGCUCACCGAAAAGGCCAAAGCCAACCUCAUUGGCUGGUAAUAAUAAUGUCAACGUUGUAUGUCCCUUAUCCCCGCCCCACUGUUAUAUACACUGAGGAGGGGACGCAUUCCUGCUGCUAUAGACUUUCAUGAUUAUAUAAAUCUUUGAUUUUCGACUUUUUGGGUGACUUUACAGGGCAGUUUAUGUCCUCAAAGGGUCACCGCCCCUUAUCAAAGGCCACACCUUUUAAAUUUCUUCCACAGAAAAAUCACAAAUGCAGUUAAAUACUGAUUUUCAUAUGCACUAUUUGAAUGCCAGUGAAGAAAGUCGCUUACACAGUCUUACAAACCUGAUUUUAUCUCUCAAGAAAGCACUUAUUUGAGAGUCGUCGGGUGUUUGUGUGUGAACUUUUAUGCUUUUACUCCAUUUUGUCUCUCUUUAACUGUUUUAUGCAUUGUUUUUACAUGGUUGUUGCUAAAGGCAACAAAUCAAACACUUCUUCGAAAAUAUCUAUUUUUACCAGAGCGUUUGUGUAAGCGGUUGAGCUAUAGUGGAGUGAAGAGAAGGACCACAUAAAAUGCUUGCUUUUGUUUCGUCUAUCAAUGUCAGUGGCAGUUUCUUGCAUGUUUUUAUAUAAUUAGCAAUACCUUGUGCCUUUUCAUGUUUUCAUACAUUAUGGCUCCUUUAUACUCUCAAUGUGUGUGCGGGUGUGUGCAUUUGAUGCUUUAGCGUAUUGAUUUAUUCAGUACAAAUGUGUGUAAAUGAUCUGAUGCUGGGGUGGAGAUAUCUUCUCAUGACCACUGAGUGUAUGAAAUUGGCUUUAAGUUUAUGCUUUUUAAAGUUUUUUGAGGUAUAUUAAUACUCAUUAUGCAGACAGUGGCUCUUAUUUUUGGGUCUCUUGCAAUGCACUGUGAUUCCUCGAAGAGAAUAUUCAUAAAUGUGACUCAAAAAGUAUCUGGACACUUUUAAAAACCUUGUUUCUGAACUAAAUCCCCUUUCAUUUUGAUAAUUACGUUUGGUCCAUCCGUAGUGGAAAUCAGGUGGUUUUAUUAAAUAUUGUAUUGGUAUCUGUCAUAAUACAAUGUUAUGAUUCUUAGGGGCUGUUUCCCAGACAGGGUUUAGAUUAAGCCAGGACUAGGCCUUAGUUGUAUUAGUUUUUAAAAACAUACCUUAUAAAAAACAUACUGGUGUGCAUCUUGAGACAAAAAAUGGCACAUACAUAUUUUAAGAUAUGUCAGUGCAAGCUGUUUUCAGUUUUGGACUAGACUUAAACCCUGUCUUGGAAACUGCUUCUUAAUGUUUAGUGAACUAUUAUUCAGAACAAUAAUACUGCAGAUUUUUUGCAUUUUUAGUUUUGUUAUAUAAGAAACAUAGAUUUGUUCCCCUAGCUUAAUUGGUUAAACAUUGUGUUAGCUGCACAAAAGGUUGUGGGUUCGAUUCCAGCGAACACAAAUACUGACAAAUGUAUACCUUGUAAUGCACUGUAAGUCGCCUUGGAUAAAAGUGUCUGUAGAUGUUAUAUUGUUUAGGCUUAAAAUGUACACAAGUAUGUGCUGACCCACUUUUACUGUGCUUGUUUUGUUUCCCGAACUUGUUCUUUUACAAAAAUAUAUCGAUACACAAUAUCAAUACUAACGUACGGAGCCCCUAAGGGGACAUGAAGCAAAAAUUAAAUAAAGUUUAGUUUCGUGUGCUCACAUGAAAGCAAAAGUUUCACGUGCACACGCGAAACUAAACGCAAUAGUUUUAUGUGCGCACGUGAAACUAAACUUAAA